GCAAUACCGCGGUAGCAAAAAAAAAAAAAAAAAAAGGUUUGAUUUUCGCCCUUCGCGUCCCUUUCUCUCUCUAAAACCCUUUCCGCCUUCUGCCUGUCUCUCUCCAGAAUACAUUUUCUGUGCGCGGGUUUUGAUCUGCGGUUGACCUCGUUGAACCCGAGCUUUGCUAGCCUGAGUUCGAGAUAGCUGCCAACAUGUUCGGCUCAGGGAGCAAUAUAAGUCGGGGCAAUGGCACAUCUCCAUCGGACAUGCCACCCUUGACGGAGUGCUUGCAUUUGGAGCCAAUUAUGUUAGGUAGCCAAAAAUACACUCGUUCUGGAGAACUAAGGAGAGUUUUGGGUUUCGGGAGUGCCUCGGAGGAUCAUUCGUUUGGAGUUUCUCAUCCCAAGCCUCCUCCCGUGGCAACGGAGGAGUUAAAAAUCUUUAAAGAAAGUGUGCUGGAUGCUUCCAGAAAGGCCAGGGAUAGGUCAAAAAUGUUAAAGGAUUCGAUGAUGAAAUUGGAUAAGUACAAGGAAGUCUUAACUUCAAAGAAGCGACAAAGAAGUGAAUUUUCUGUGACUGAGAGAUCGAAUGGGCCCAUUAAUUUAGCGAAGAUGGGGAGUCAAAUUCACAGAAUUCCUCAUGAAGGAAUGCCUCAAAGAUUGGAGGAACGGGCGAAGUGUGUUGGUCUAAAUAAGCGUGUUCGAACAUCAGUGGCCGAUGUGCGGCCGGAUGGUAAGAGAAGCCCCAGUCCGAGGCAGCAGUUAGCAAUGGAAAAGGCUGGAGAAGCGCUUCCUGAUGUUGGUGGAGGUGGUGUUCGCUUUGAAGAAAAGAUACGCAGGUUGCCUGCAGGAGGUGAAGGGUGGGAUACAAAAAAUAAAAAGAAGCGCUCUGUUGGGAUGGUUAGUGGUAGGGUAAUAAAUGGCGACCGGGACCUCAAGCGAUCCAUGCUUCCUAAAAUGAGCUCAGAUUCCAAGAUGCGAUCUUGUGAUGCCCAGGACUUCAGAUCUAAGUCCUCUCCCAGCGUCAGUGGAAUCAACAAAUCAGAUGGUUCUUUAGAGCCUACUAGUUCAGACACCAGUACAGCAUUGAGGAGUGAGAUGGAAAGCGGAGCCCCUACAAGAGACCGUAUGGCUCUCUUAGAGAAAAAAGUUAUGACAAAAGCUAGCAAUAAGCCAAAUGUUCACGAGGAGAAUCUAGCAAGUAGUCCAAGUACUAUGAUAAAGGCAAAAGUAUCUAGAGCACCCCGGACUGGUUCUAUCAUGCAGCUAGACUCAUCUCUUAAGUCUCAACCUUUAUCCACAUCCCUUCAAGGUUCGGAUCAGGCUUCGAGUUCGAAUAAAGUGCCAGUUCCAGGUAUGGCAAAUAAUCCUAAACGGCAAAUGCCUGCAGGUUCAUCUUCACAUGCCAUGGCCCAGUGGGUUGGUCAGAGAACUCAUAAAAGCUCGCGAACAAGGAGAGCAAAUAUAAUCACUCCUGUAUCUAAUAAUGGUGAAGCUCAAACCUCGUCACCAGGUUUUGUGCCUUCUGAUUUUAGUGGUAGGAUAUCUUCCGUUGCAACCAAUGGAUCAUUACUUCCCAGCAGCCUGGAUAAUAGCACUCCAAAGAUUAAAAAGGAAGUAGAGAAUGUUCCUUCUCCUUUUGGAUUCUCUGAAAGUGAAGAAUCUGGGGCUGGAGAAAAUAAGGUCAAAGAUAAAGGAAGAGACAGUUGUGAGACUACUCCAACUGCUUCACUGAGACCUGGCUCUUUUGUAAUUCCAUCUAAGAAGAACAAGUUACCCACUAAUGAAGUUGGAGAAGGGGUUCGGAGACAGGGCCGGACAGGAAGGAGUCCGUCUCUAACAAGGCCAGGUGUUAAUUCAGGGAGGGAGAAGUUAGAGAACCAACCAACAAUGAAAUCAAUUUCAAUCGUGAAGCCUCCUGAUAAGAAUAAAAGCAAAUCUGGUCGUCCACCUUCCCAAAAGUUGAAAGAUCGAAAAGCUGUUGCUCGUGUCGGGCCAAUGUUGAACGGGAAUUCUUCAGAUUACACAGGCGAAUCUGAUGAUGAUCGUGAGGAGUUAUUUGCAGCUGCGAGUUCUGCACGGAAUGCUUCCAACCUUGCUUGCUCUGGCCCGUAUUGGAAAAAGAUGGAACCUAUUUUUUCAUCCGUCAGCUCAGAGGACACGUCAUAUUUGAAGGAACAGCUGAGUUUUGCAGAGGAGCUUGAUGAGACUUUGUCUCAGAUGCUUGAUGUUGACUACAAUGUUUUGGUAGGUUGUCUAAUGCUUUCUUUGGUCAUCUGAUCACCUUAAAGUCUAAAAUCUGUUGUUUUUGCCAGAGACGUAAGUAGAAUCCAAUCAUUUGAAUUUUCUUGCCGGCCUUAUAAUCUUCAAGUAUAAGUUUCUCUUUGUAGGGAGCAUAUACUUGUACGAAAAGAAUCUCAAAACAAGGAUAAUGUUUGGAUCAUCAUUUAAUGAUUAUUAACUUUAUUUUUCCAAGGGUGUUCUGAUGCACAAGGAGUCUCCUAACUCUUCUGGUGGAAAGCUAGCGAAUGGCCCUAAUAAAAGAUCAUCCAACUCAACUUCGUUGUGUGGAAAAGUUGAUAGGGAAAGACUGGAAAAGGGGGCUCCGCUAUACCAAAGAGUUCUUUCAGCUCUAAUUGAAGAGGAUGAAUGCGAAGAAUUUUAUGUGCAUGGUGAAGGCAAAAAUGUCCCUCAUUAUGCAAGUGAUGAUUCUCAUUGUGGUUCAUGUAAUCUGAUUGAUAUUGAACCCAGAGAUAGGGACAGGACAGAGUCUGAAGUUGAAUCAGUGAACUUCCAGAGCCAGCGGAGUUAUUUUCUGGAUGGAUUUUCUUGCAACAGAAGUGAUGCAUCCAACAGUAUCAGGAAUCCAAGGAUGUCCAGUCCUUUACACAGUAAUGGUCAAUGGAGAGAUGAUGAUGAGGUUUCGCAUUCUGAUCUUGUACAUGGCAGUGAAAUAUCUUCAAGUGACAUGGGGUUACUGCAGACAAGGGAAUUGACCGCACUCGGGUUUUGUUCAUCUGAUUGCCAAUACCAGCUUAUGUGUCUGGAUGAUAAGCUGCUGUUGGAGCUACAGAGCAUUGGUAUAUGUCCAGAGAAAUUGCCUGAUCUAGCAGAGGGGGAAGAGGUCAUUACUCACGACAUAAUGGAACUGAAAGAAGGACUAUUCGAGCAGAUUGGGGAAAAGAGAAGGAAGCUAGAGAAAAUUGAUAGAGCUGCUCAGAGAGACAAAGAUGUUGGAAAAAGGAGCGUUGAGAAAAAUGCUAUGGACCAACUUUUGGAGAUUGCUUACAGGAAAGGAAUGGCUUGCCGUGGAAAUACGACAUCGAAAGGCGCAGUUCGCAGGGUUUCUAGACAAGUUGCCUUGGGAUUUAUCAGGCGUACACUUGGUAGGUGUAAAAAAUUCGAAGAUGGAGGCAUCAGCUGCUUCAGCGAACCAGCAUUACAGGACGCCCUCUUCGCAGCACCCCAAUGCAAUAAUAACACCAAGUCUGUUGAUUGUGUCGGGUCAGGAACUGCCAGCAACACGCCUAAUGAUGUUUCUAACCAUCAAACCGAGGGCAGAUUGUCAGGUGGUGUUGCUUCUAGCCCAUUAGAGAGAAACGAUUCCCUCUGCGAUAGCUUCGAAAGAGGAGGGAGUCGCAGGGCAAAAGCAAAGCCAACCAAGCAGAAGAGCGCUGCAGCAGCAGCAAAUGGCCCUCGCGGAUCCAGUCAUCCGACAGGAGCGCCCAGUGGUCGCAGCAAGCCUGAGAGAGACGUACUCAAGCCUAAAGAAGCAGAGGAGGAAGCCAUGGAUUUGCCGCUGGACGAGUUUGGGGUGUCGGCAGAUGAUGGGAACCAAGAUCUCGGUUCGAUAUUCAACUUGCUUGACGAUGAUGGGUUGCAGGAUCAUUACUCGGUCGGUCUCGAGAUACCCAUGGACGACCUCUCGGAACUAAACCUGAUGUAGAGAAAGAAGGGGAAGAAGUAGUGUGAGUGUCCCCUUCUGCUGAUUUUGGCGAAGAGAUUAAGGAAAAGUCAAUUGUAAUUCUAGAAUCUGUCUGGCAAAGGCUGGACAGGGAAGAUGUGUAAUUAUAGAGAGGGGGCUGAGAUGUUGUAAAUAGUAGAUCUCUGUAUGUAUUUAAUUGAACGAGAUAAUGGUAUAGUCGAUUGUUUGAAUUAGAGACAUAUUGAGUGAUAUUUAAUAGUUCAUCCGUCAAUUUUCCCAGCACAGUGGCCACCCUCUUCUUGUUACUUGUACCAUGCAUAAGCAACAUAUUUGUCUUUUUCAGUAGUCUAAUUCGUGGUCGAAUAUUUUGUGUUCGUAUCAUUGCAACUCUCA